AAAUUUUUACCCACAAUGCAUCACAAAUGUACUUCCUUUCUAAAGAAAUUCUCAAACCUUACGGUGGUGUGACUACGUUUCGUGUCAAAAACAGACUUAAAAAAUGCGUUACGUAGCGGCCUACUUGCUUGCAGCUCUUAGCGGCAACAGCAACCCUUCUGCAGCUGACCUAAAGAAGAUCAUCGGGUCAGUAGGAAUUGAUGCAGAGGCUGACAAAAUUGAAAAAAUCAUCAAUGAACUAAAGGGAAAAAGUAUUGAAGAACUCAUCACUCAAGGCCAAGAGAAGCUUGCAUCUGUGCCAUCUGGUGGUGCAGUGGCCGCCAGUGCUCCCGCUGGAGGAGCCCCUGCCGAGGCAGCACAAGAAAAGAAAGAAGAGAAGAAGAAGCCCGAGCCAGAAUCCGAGUCCGACGACGAUAUGGGAUUUGGUCUCUUCGAUUAAAAAAGGACUAUAUAUGUCUUAAAGAAAUAAAUCAUAAAACAAUUUA